UAGAAAGAUUACAAUAUGCAAGCUUUCGAGGCUAUUCCGGAACCUUCUUCAUCUUGCCUGAAGAAGGGACCCAAGUUGCCUUAUCACUCAUUUUGUAAGUUUGUGUCGUCUUUAAAUACACAACUCUUGCUGUUUUGUUUAACAGGCUCAGGAGUGACGGUGAACUGCGUUCACCCUGGUGUAGUGGCCACAGAACUCGGAAGACACACCGGAAUGCACAAAUCUGCAUUUUCGAGUACCAUACUGGGUCCGUUGUUUUAUAUGCUUGUGAAGACUCCAACUCAGGGAGCGCAACCCAGCGUGUUCUUAUCUGUGGCAGAAGAACUUAAAGACAUCUCGGGAAAGUACUUUGACACUUUCACACAAAAAAGUCCAGCAGCACAAGCCAAAGAUGUGAAUGUCGCCAAAAGACUUUGGCAAAUGAGCGCUGAACUUGUGGGCCUGAGCGAGCCCACUCGUAGCCCGACAGUAGCGACACACCAGAUGAAAGAGCGGUGAGUGACGUGACUCCCGUUUCACCUGACCAUAAAUCUCGGAAUGGCAUGCUGGGAAAGAACCCUCCUGUUUGGCUGUUCACUUCUCAAUAAAUGCAUUUUUAGCCAA